GCGUACAUCUCUGCGGCCACCAACCGCUUCAGUCAUGCAGCGGCAUUGUCGCCAGAUUCGACUACUGUAGUCUUCGCAGCUGGUUCCCUCGUUGCGCUUUGGGACAUCGACGACGCGAAUGAUAAUGGCGUGCACGAGACGCUUCCGGGCCACGAGGGUACUGUGACUUGCCUGCGGUUCCUUCGAAACGAUUUCUUCCUCAGUGCAGACGACAAAGGUGCAGUCCGGGCAUGGCACCGGGCUGAGGGAAGGUGGAUGUGUACAGUCGCUAUUCAAGCGCAUAGCAGACCUAUUUCUGCUCUUGCUGUAUGCGACAACCUCGUGGCGACGGGCAGUUCAGACUCCUCGGUGAAGAUCUGGAACAUCAGACAAGGAGCUGAAAGAGAUGAGUUCGAGGAACGUCAAACCAUCUCUUUGUCAGGUCGGUAUCCGCUUGCCGUUGUAAUGACUACGCUACCGCACUCAAAAGCAAUCAUUCUUGCCAUCGGGGGCACUGACAGGAACGUGAAUAUUUGGACACGGUCGGAAAAUCUUUUCGUUCGCUCAGCUACCCUUCCUGGUCAUGAGGACUGGGUGCGAGCCCUCGCUUUCCGUUCACCUUUGUCAUCGGACGGAGCAGCCAACGACGAUCCGCUCGUACUUGCGUCUGGUUCACAGGAUGGUACUAUCCGAUUGUGGAACAUCGAACCUUUAGUGAAAUCUGCGUCCAGCACCAAUGAUCACCACGUGAAUGACAGUGGCUCGACAGAUGAGCUCCUUGACGCUUUCGAAGCGUCCCUCGCAGAUCCUACUGAGGGCGAAGAAGGUGGGCGGCAGAUCACCCUCAAGCGACAUAUUAUCAGUAUUAAAUUCCAAGACACCGGUGUCCAGCAAUAUACUAUCACCUUCGACGCACUACUCAUAGGCCAUGAAGCGGGCGUGACAUCGUUAUUGUGGGCCUCUCAACAGACCAGCACCGGAAAUUAUUUACCGCCGCCAACCUUGCUAUCGACUUCUACAGACUCAUCUUUGAUAUUGUGGUCCCCGAGUGACACCCUCAUCACUUCUUCGUCAAACAGUCCUGCAGCACCGUCCAUAUGGAUAAAUCGCCAGCGCUUCGGUGAUGUUGGUGGUCAGCGUUUGGGAGGGUUUGUCGGCGGUAUCUGGGCACAUACAAGCCAGGGAGACGAGGCAAUGGCGUGGGGGUGGAGUGGUGGAUGGAGACGUUGGCGAUCUGUUCGAAUAGAUAGAGGUAUUGAAGAUGAGUGGAGGGAAGUCGGUGCGAUAGGGGGACACAGGGGCCCCGUAAAAGACGUUGCCUGGAGUCCUGCGGGGGAGUACCUCAUAUCCGUCGGCUUGGACCAAACGACUCGCAUACACGGUGCUUUACACUGCCCAUCUCGUAAGGUCUGGCACGAGGUAGCCCGUCCACAGGUACACGGAUACGAUCUGGUUGGGGUUACCUGGCUUGGUCCAUGGACGUUCGCCAGUGUCGCAGAUGAAAAGGUUGUACGGAUAUUCGAAGCCCCUGGUACUUUUGUAGAGACGGUCAAGUCUCUGGGUGUGGACGGGGUGGUUGAAAGCGAGCAAGAUCGUCCAGUCGCAGCUAGCGUCCCACCUUUAGGGCUGUCCAACAAAGCGACUAGCGAUGCGCCGCCACGCGUGGAUUCGACGAGGUUAGGCAGGCGACCUUUCGAGGGCGAACUCGCAGCCACUACGCUUUGGCCAGAGGUAGAAAAGGUCUUUGGCCACGGAUACGAGUCCAUCACAAUAGCAUCCUCUCGUUCACAUGAAUUAAUUGCCACAGCUUGCCGUGCAUCAUCUCCUCAGCACGCCGUGGUGCGGCUCUAUUCGGCUUCAACAUAUCAAUCAUUCGGUUUGCCACUCGAAGGACACACGUUGACCGUCACACGAAUCGCUUUCAGUCCUGACGAUAAGUACAUCGUGACCGUGAGCCGCGAUCGGACAUGGAGGGCAUUUGUGAGGAAAGACAACGGAUAUGUUUCGGUCGCGAUGGACAAAUCGCAUGCUCGUAUUAUCUGGGAUUGUGCCUGGAGCAGUGAAGGCGACAUCUUCGCCACGGCAUCCAGGGACAAGACAGUUAAAAUCUGGGCGCCCAAGACUACGUCUGAUCGUUGGCCGGCACUCGCUACUUUGAAGUUCAAAGAGGCUGCGACUGCAGUUGCCUUUUGCUCCAUGGAUAACUUGAGCACCAUUGACAGGCAACUCCUUGCUGUCGGCCUUGAGACUGGAGAGAUUUUCAUCUACUCAGGUUCAAAGUCGGGUCCUGACAUAUGGGAGCUUACAUUUGUAGUAGGCAGAGGAACUGCCCACGUCGACCAUAUACACAAGCUUGCCUGGCACUCGACUGAGCAUGAUCACAUCAAGCAACUCGCGUCCUGCAGUGAAGAUGGUACAUUGAAGAUAAUGACUGUCCAGGUAGACAUAGAUUAGAAGUACGUAGAUCCGCAGGAGAAAAACGAGAGUCGAGUGAGGCCAAAAGACAUUUACCAAACACAGCAUAUCGCAGAAGUAGAAAAAAAAAAGAGCGCGCAAGGUAGAUAGUAGUCAAGAAGAGGCGAAAGAAAAAUCUGAUAUACAGUGAGGUAGAGACAUACGGAUCAGGUGAGUUGGUUCAAACCCGGGGUGGAGUCAAUACUAAAACAGUGGUGUUGAGGUGGGUUGAAAUGCGCCGGAUAUAUGGGUAUUGAACAG